CUUCCCCUUGCCAAACAUAGCUUUUAUGUCCUACUCCAUAUUCAAAGUCGCACUCAGCUGCUUCACUUCCCAUUGCAAUGGAAACAAUGGUGUAUUCACUCUGCGAGCCUCACCAUUUCUCUCCCAACUUCGGGGUUCCAUCCUUAAACCUUAAGUCCAGUGUUAAGCUCGCUCAGCCUUCAAAGCUCAGCUCCUUUGGGACGCAACGGAGCUCUCCGAAGCUAGGGUUUCGGCCUUGCCCGCGCGUGUUCGCGUCGUCUUCGACUGUUGAAAAAGAAGGAGAGAAAGAGAAAGAUAAAGAGGGUUCGGGCUCUGUCACUCCCGUCUACGUGCCCACGCCUCCCAAUCGAGAGCUUCGAACCCCUCACAGCGGGUACCAUUUUGAUGGAAGUACCAGGAAGUUUUUUGAGGGUUGGUACUUCAAGGUGUCGAUCCCAGAACGGAGGCAGAGCUUCUGCUUUAUGUAUUCUGUGGAGAAUCCUGCAUUCUCUAAGAAAUUAACGGCAUUUGAAGUGGCACAGCAUGGACCAAGAUAUACUGGAGUUGGGGCUCAAAUUCUUGGCGCUAAUGACAAGUAUAUUUGUCAAUACUCUGAGGAGUCGCAGAACUUUUGGGGAAGUAGGCAUGAGCUAAUACUGGGGAAUACCUUUAUUGCUGAAAAGGAAUUGAAGCCUCCAAACAAGGAGGUCCCUCCUCAGGAAUUCAGUAAAAGAGUGCUGGAAGGUUUCCAAGUCAGCCCACUUUGGCAUCAAGGUUUCAUUCGUGAUGAUGGCAGGUCAAAUUAUGUGGAUACUGUGAAGACUGCACGUUGGGAGUACAGUACCCAUCCUACCUAUGGCUGGGGCAAUGUCGGGUCCAAACAGAUGUCCACUGCAGGCUGGCUUGCAGCUUUUCCUGUAUUUGAACCCCAUUGGCAAAUAUGCAUGGCUGGUGGACUGUCAACAGGUUGGAUAGAGUGGGAUGGUGAAAGGUUUGAGUUUCAAAAUGCCCCUUCAUAUUCCGAAAAGAACUGGGGUGGAGCAUUCCCAAGAAAAUGGUUUUGGGUACAGUGUAAUGUAUUUGAAGGUGCUAGUGGAGAAGUUGCUCUCACUGCAGCUGGUGGGUUGAGGCAACUACCUGGACUGACACAGAAUUUUGAAAAUGCUGCAUUGGUUGGAGUUCACUAUGAUGGAAUUUUCUAUGAAUUUGUGCCAUGGAAUGGUGGUGUUAGUUGGGAAAUUGCUCCUUGGGGUUACUGGUACAUGGCUGGGGAAAAUCAGACGCAUAAGGUUGAAUUAGAGGUAACAACAAAGGAUCCUGGUACAACAUUGCGUGCUCCGACAUCAGAAGCUGGUCUUGCUCCUGCUUGUAAAGAUUCUUGUUUUGGUGAGCUAAGAUUGCGAAUUUGGGAACGAAGAUAUGAUGGCAGUAAAGGGAAGAUGAUAUUGGAUGUUACAAGUAACAUGGCAGCAGUAGAAGUCGGAGGGGGACCAUGGUUCAACACUUGGAAGGGUGAGACCUCUACGCCGGAGCUCCUUAGUAGAGCUCUUAAUGUUCCCAUUGAUGUGGAGGGGAUUUUUGGUUUUACCCCAUUAUUUAAACCCCCCGGUCUAUAACAACACCAAGUAUGGCUGCAACAAUGGCUCACGAUCUUGCGUCGCAUUUGGAUAAGGGUAAUUUUUCAGGUUUUCCAAUCCUAAAAGAUUAUCACGGUUGGGGAAUUCAGAUGCCCGUAGGAAUUGAGAUUCCUCUUAACUCUUUUUUUUACUUGAAUUUAUGUUUCUUUUAAAGAGGUGGGAAUCUACAUUAAUUGGCUUUAGGAAAGGGUUUUUUUUUUUUUUUGUUGGGGUGGGGGUACAAAAAUGCCCAUUAAACUUUUUUUCUUUUUUUUUUUUUUUUCAUGGAAAAUGAUUACUUUCCUUUUCUGGGCUAAAGACAGACGUCUUUUUUUUUUUUUUUUUUCAAUCUCCAAACCAUAUAGAAAGUAAAUUUGUGAUAUUACUAUUUUGCUUCUCUCUCU